AUGACGCACGACCGUGGUCGGAGGUGCCACGAAUAUGACCUUCCUUACCCCUGCCCCAUUCUCUCUUCCACUGCCUGGAUUCGUGUCUCGCCUUUACAGCUGGGCGGGAUGUCCAUCGGAGAAAAGUGGAACUCUAUGCUAGGAUCGAUGGACAAAGAGUCGUCGUUCAAAUUACUAGACGCCUAUUUUGAAGCCGGCGGUAAUUCCAUCGACACUGCCAAUCUCUACCAAGAUGAACAGUCGGAGAUCUCGCUAGGAGAAUGGAUGGCUUCUCGCCAGAAUCGCGACCAAAUAGUGAUCGGCACAAAGUUCACUAGCAAUUACAAUUCUCACGAGCUGGGAAAAGGAAAGACACCCAAUUUCGGAGGAAAUCAUCGCAAAAGCAUUCAACUGAGCGUGCGUGACUCUUUGCGGAAAUUGCAAACAGAGUACAUCGAUAUCCUUUACAAGCACUGGUGGGAUCACACGACUUCUAUUCAAGAGGUUAUGGAUACGUUGCAUAUGAUGGUUGAGCAAGGCAAAGUCUUGUACCUCGGGAUCUCAAUGGCCCCCGCCUGGGUUGCAAGUGCAGCGGACACUUAUGCUCAAGCGCAUGCAAAGACCCCGUUCUGUAUUUACCAGGGCAGGUGGAAUGUGAUGGUUCGUGGUCUCGAGCGUGAGAUCAUACCUGUGGCACGUCAUUUCGGAAUGGCUAUCGCGCCCUGGGAGGUCGUUGGCAGUGGCAAGUUCCAAACUAAGAAAGCCAUGAUCUCGCGGGAACAGGCUGGUGAAGGUUUGCGGACCAUGUUUGGACCUGGAAAGCAGAGUGGAAAGGAGAAGGAAGUGAGCGAGGCACUAGUGAAGGUGGCAUCAGAACACAGUAUCGAGUCUGUGACUGCAAUAGCCCUCGUCUACGUCAUAGCCAAGGCACCAAAUGUUAUUCCGUUGGUUGGUGACCGCAAAGUUGAAUACCUGCAUGAUAAUAUUCAGGCCCUCAGUAUCAAGUUGACUGAAGACCAGAUUGAGUAUCUGAGAGUGUGA